AUGCCUGUCAAUAUCCGUGACAUUGUUGCCUUACAUCUUCGCCGUUGCAACAUACCUUAUGAGGUACCUGUUCCCGAUGUAAAGCUCCAGGCAGCAUGCCUCAAUUACGCCAAGAGCCACGGGUACGAAAUUGGCGGCCAGAAGACUCUAGGGCCAUGCAUACCUGGAGGAGUCGUGAUGGCCUCGAACGCUUUCGGCCAUAUUGCCGACCUCCCGACUCGCGUCAUCAUUGGCAUAUACACGGCGUUCAUGAUUUACUUGGACGAUAUCUCCUCCAGCGACAUCGAGGCUGUUGCACAGUUUAACCAAAGAUUUUACCGUGCAGAGCCUCAGCUCGAUAAAGUGCUUGACGACUUUGCGCAGCUUCUUCGAGAGUUUCCCGACUAUUUUUGCACGGCUGGGUCGGAUAUGAUCGUCACCUCAACACUGAAUUUUGUCACGUCCCUUUUCAUGGACGUCGAGACAGAAGGCAUGGACGUUGAUGGAAACGCGAAGCGAUACCCCAGGUUUGCACGGAUUUUGAACGGGGCUGCCCUCGCGUACACUCUCCUAGCGUUCCCGAAGUCGCUGCCAAUAUCAAGUUAUAUUCAAGCGGUCCCGGAGAUAAACGUAUAUGUUGAGAACACUAACGACGUUCUCUCAUUUUACAAAGAACAGAUGGCGGGAGACGAUAUCAACUAUGCCAGCUUGCUUUCUCAUUCUUACAGUGUAACGAAGUACGAAGCACUCAUCCACCUCAGUAAUGUCGCCGUUGAUGCGAACGAACGAAUUCUCCGCCUACUGGAACCGGUUCCCGAAGCCUUGGAGGCUUAUACACGGUUCAGGAACGGCUACGUUAGAUUCCAUACUGGUCUCGGUGGUAGGUAUAAACUAGCAGAACUGAAGUUGACGAACAUAAGUGAUUACCAAGAUAGACUUGGAGCCCAUGUCAAUCAUACGGCAUGUAAAGUUUGUCAACGUAACUUGUGUAAUUAG